GUAUGUUAAAUACAGUAUUAUUUUCUAACCAUAUAUUCAAAUGAAAUACUGUUUCGUUUUCAUCAAUCAAUUCAUUGUUAAAGACAUUUAAUUUAUUUAUUCAUUCAAUUGUUUCAUUCAUUUCAUUACUAAACGAAACUAAAGCAACAUUUAAUUUCAACCCAAACCACAAUUGACUUCUCAUAACAUUUGGUGAUUUGAUUUGAGACUUAAUUUAGUGAAGAAUCGAUUGAUUUGUUGUGCAAAUUGUUGUCAUAAUUGAGGACUGAAUCAAUCAAUUGAUAUAUCGAUGGCUUUCAAUAAAUUAGAGAAAGAGAAACAGAAAUUGGUUUCAGAGAAAUGUCAGUCCAUUUUGGUUACACUUCUUCGCGAUGAGGACAACAAGUAUUGUGUCGAUUGUGACGCCAAAGGACCAAGGUGGGCCUCUUGGAAUUUAGGCAUCUUCUUAUGCAUCCGAUGCGCGGGUAUCCACCGUAACCUCGGUGUCCACAUAUCACGGGUAAAGUCUGUCAAUCUGGACGCCUGGACUCCCGAACAGAUCGCUUGCAUUCAAAACAUGGGAAACUCAAAGGCCAGAGCCGUAUACGAGGCCAACCUUCCCGACAACUUUCGGCGCCCGCAGACCGACUCAUCUCUCGAAGCCUUCGUUAGAGCUAAAUAUGAACAGAAGAAAUACAUCGCUAAAGAAUGGGUGGAACCGCCGCCCCCUAAACCAGCCUUUGAUAUCGAAGAGGAAUUACGCAAAGAAAAAGAGAAAAAACGCAACAAAAAUAAGAGUUUUCAAAGCAGUGGAACUGUUGGUGACAUUCAGGCCAACCCUCUGCCCCGACCCUCAAACUCAAACUCAACUCUUGUUACGACUGCUAUAAACGCCGAGAAAAUCGUACAAAAGACUGAAAACGGGAAAACUAGUGACGAUCUCUUAGGUCUUGAUAUGAAUAGCACAGCAAACGCGAGACCAGAUGACGACUCUUUUGGUCUAUUCGUUAGUUCUCUUCCCUCUAAAGAAACUAAUUGUGAGAUUAAAGCAGAAUCUAAGGCUACAUCAAACGAAGAAUCGGAUUUCUUUAACCAAAAAGCGCCCACCGAUGACAAGAAGGUUAUGUCUAAAGAAUCCAUUUUAUCACUUUAUGGAAGCGCUCCCCCGCCUUCUUUGCCGCCAACUCAACAGCCAAUUGGUUCGCAGAGCACACAAUUCAAUGGUUUAAACUCAUCGCUAUUUAUGGGACAAUUUGGGCCUAACUCUCAACCCAUGGCAUCGCAAACACCGAACCCAAUGUUUGUGUCACAAAACACUGGCAUCGAUCCAUUGCAGGCACCGAUGGGUCAGACAUCGAAUUUAAUGAGUCAAUCUAACUUUCCCUUAACGACAAACCCUUUUCUCGCUAACACUUCAAAGGGCUCUAACUUUGGUCAGCAAACUGUCCAACAGUUACCACAACAUAUGGCAACUCUUCAAUUGAAUCCAAUGCCUGCGUCCAAUCCUAACACAAAUCCGAUCCCAAACAACAAUUGGUUUCAAAUGGGGCCGCAGAGCACUGGUCUGCCAGUGCCUCAACCCGGAGGCAUCAAUCCAUUCAUGACAGGCGCUCCGAUUCCUGCCGGCGUUCCCUUUGGUAAUAACUUUGGAAGCGCUGGUUUAAACUCAGGCUCAAUGUUUCCUCAAACAGAUAACAGCGGCUCUCAAUGGGCUUUCAAUGGCAACCAAACUCUUAACCAAUCUUCAGGAGUGACCGCUUCUACCAAUUUGUGGCAAUAACUCGACAUUUGUUUGCAAUUCAUUGUUAAUGGAUAUUAUCUUUUAGUUUAUUAUAAAGCGCCCGAAAUAUUGAAUUAAUAUAAUAUUUAUUUUAAAUUAAUGUUUAAAUUUUGAGGACUAAUUUUGAAUGAAAUAGUCAUAAAAAGCCAUAACUCAAUGUAUUGUACGCGAAAUGUACUGCAAAUCGCUUUUAUACAAUGAAAAGUGUUUUUGUUUUGUUGAUAAUUGUUCACCAAUUGUGUCGACACUUGC